CUCAGCUCUUCAUCCAGUCCGGUCUGUUGUGAGACAAACAUCCGCACCAGCUUAGCCGUUAUAACUUCUUCUUCACUCUUCUUCAGGGGCGUCUCAUCAAGCAUCAAGUAAUUGUCUUGUUCCCGCCGUCAUGGCCGCCCCCACCACUCGCCCAUCAUCAGGGCUCCUGGACCUCAUCACAAUCUUUGACAACGCACCCCUCGACUUCGAACUCAACCACCAUCCCUACUACCGUCUCAUCCUGGCCCCCGAUGACCGCGUCCACGGCUACAUCCACCCAACCACCAUCGCCCGCAUGCCCUGGCCGCCAUCCUUCUCCAUCAACCACGACACGCGCCAAGUCAUCCUCUCCGCCCCUCCGGCCAGCACCUCUCCCUCCGACCACGCCAACUCCGCCUUCCAGCAAGCCGUAGACGCCGCCAUCGACGGCAACAUCUUCCCCACGCUCAACGGCCUCCACAGCGAGUACUUCCUCGUCCCCGGAGCCCGGCACUUUGUCCAGAUCGAGCGCUUCGCCGCCGCCCUCUUCGGCAUCGCCACCCGCGGCGCCCACCUCACGGCCUACACAAGGGACGCCGCCACCGGCGAGCUGCGCAUCUGGGUCGCCCGGCGGAGCAAGACGCUGCACACCUACCCGGGCAUGCUGGACAGCACCGUCGCCGGCGGCGUCAAGGCCAGCGAUUCCCCCCUGGACUGCAUCCUCGCCGAGUCCAUGGAGGAAGCGUCGCUGCCGCAAUCCCUCGUGGCGCCUCGCCUGCGCGCCACGGGGGCCAUCACAAUGGUGAACCGCAACCCGCGCUCGGAGCUGGUCCACUCGGAGAUUCUGUACACUUACGACUUGGAACUUUCCGGCCAGGGGGAGCAGGUGCCGCGCCUGGGCGACGACGGGGAGGUCGAGGAGUUUGUGCUGAUGAGCUGCGACGAGGUUGAGCGGCGCAUGCUGGCGGGCGAGUUCAAGACGAAUGUGUGCGCCGUCAUGAUUGAUUUCCUGAUUCGCCAUGGGAGGAUCACGCCGGAGACUGAGCCGGACUAUGUGGAGAUUUGCAUGAGGCUGCAGAGGAGGCUGCCGGUGCCGACGAGGUCGGAUGUGUAGAGUGAAGUUGGUUCAGAAGCAUCAUGAGAUAGAUAGAUAUGUAUGUAUGUAUAUAGAGUAAAGACUAUGGAGUAAUACCUAGAUCAAGUACACAAAUGUUAAACACGU